GUAACAUACAAUGCAUGUGAAGCGUCAAGCAGGACCAUUUUUAUGGAUUAGCCACUCACUAUGACUGAUCGAAAUGAUUCAAAAAAAAAAGAGAAAGUUUAGAGGCAAGUUGAGAUCCAAAUCAGUGACAAACCAAACCAGUGAGAAUGAAGCUUCUUAACCUCUCUCUUCUCUUCUUCUUCAUCAUCUUCUUCACACGCUCUGAAAGCUGCAAGUCAAAUGACAAAACAACCCUCCUCAAGAUCAAGAAAUCCCUAAACAACCCUCGAAUCCUCGAUUCUUGGGACCCACUUACGGACUGCUGCACCUAUUGGAUCGGCGUCGUAUGCAACCACGGCCGCAUCACCGGUCUCACCAUCGCCGCCGGAGAAGUUGUUGGUGAGAUAGCGGAGGAGAUCGGCGACCUCCGUGACCUCGUGAUCCUAGACUGGAGCAGUCUCUACGGUCUCAGAGGAACCAUUCCACGCUCAAUCACCAAGCUCAAGAAUCUAGUCUACAUGCGGUUUAGGAUAACCGAACUCUCCGGUCCAAUCCCGGAAUACAUCAGCGAGCUACAAAACGUAACCUUCUUGGACCUCUCUUUUAACCGGUUCAACGGUUCAAUACCUGGUUCGAUUUCCCAGAUGCCGAAGCUUGAAGCAAUUCAGCUCAAUCAUAACAAAUUAACCGGUUCUAUACCGGAAUCUUUCGGUUCUUUUCUAGGAAAGGUCCCAGAUCUCUUCUUGGGUAAUAAUCACCUCUCAGGAAAAAUACCAAAAACGUUAUCCAAAUCCGACUUCAACACUUUGAGUUUGUCAGGAAACAAUUUCAGUGGGGAUGCUUCCAUGUUCUUUGGACAUAACAGAACAACCGUACGAUUGGAUUUGUCUAGGAACAACUUCCACUUCGAUCUCUCAAAGGUGAAACUAGCCAAGAGCUUGGUGUCACUAGACCUGAGCCAUAACCGAGUUUUCGGAGAACUUCCUUUGGAACUGACCAAGCUCCGUCUUGACCACUUCAACAUAAGUUUCAACCGUCUCUGUGGAACCAUCCCACAGGGCGGUCUGCUCCAGAAUUUUGAGGUCUAUGAAUUCUCCAACAACCUCUGUCUAUGCGGUGCACCGCUCCAGCGAUGCUAGCUCAUCGAUCAAACACAUUUUCGAAAAUGUAGUAUGAAUUUUCAUCAAAUGCAAGA